AUGGCCCACAUCAUCACAUUACCCACGUUCAAACAACAGGGCAAUGUCUCGCUAUCGCACGCAAGAAACAUUGCCGAGCGCUGGGUAAGAGACUUUGAGCAUGCGCUUAAAGGAGACGAUAGAGAAGCAUUGGAAAAAUUGUUUGUCAAAGAUGCCUGGAUUCGCGACUUACUGUCUUUCACCUGGGACUUCCGCACUCUUCAAGGUCGCGACAACGUCCUCAACUAUCUUCAAAAUAACCACAAUGCCAGCAUUGGCACUAUUCGACUUCGCGACCAUGGCGCAUUUCAGCCUAUCUUCAAGAAGCCGUACCCGGAUAUGCAGUGGGUCGAGAGUAUGUUCGACUUCGAGUCACGUCACGGCCAUGGAAAAGGGAUGCUUCGAUUAGUCCUGGACGGCGACGAUGGAGAUCAAUGGAAGUGUUACUUAAUACAUUUUACCUUACAAGAGAUUAAGAAUCAUGAGGAGAAAACUGGAUUUACUCGUCCAGAGGGCUAUGUUGACACAGCAGGCGGCAACUGGCAGCAGCGACGCGAGAGGCAAAAAGAGUUUCUCGAUGCAGAUCCAGCUGUGCUCAUAGUCGGUGCCGGCCAAGCUGGUCUUUCUACUGCCGCUCGCCUGCAGCAACUUGGAAUACCAGCGUUAAUUGUUGAGAAAAAUGGCCGUGUUGGCGAUAGCUGGCGCAAACGUUACAAGACUCUCAUGACUCACGACCCGAUUCAAUAUUGCCAUCUCCCAUAUAUCCCAUUCCCUUCCCACUGGCCGCUGUUUAUGCCCAAAGAUAAGCUUGCCGACUGGCUUGAAGCUUACGCAAGCUUGAUGGAGCUCAACGUUUGGUGCAACGCCGAACUCUUGAACACCUCAUUCAACGAGGCUACCAAAGUCUGGACUGUGACAGUAAAACGAUUUGAUGGCGCAACACGUACUCUUAAACCAAGGCAUGUUGUUCUAGCGACCGGAAAUGCGGGUGACGCCAUCAUCCCUCAUUUUGAGGGUAUUGAAAAGUACAAAGGAGCUGUAUACCACGGGAGCCAGCACAAGGAUGCUUCGGAACAUCCCAACCUCUCCACUAAACACGUGGUUAUUAUCGGAUCAGGGACUUCAGCGCAUGAUCUCUGCCAGAAUUUUCACGAAUGCGGCGCUGCAUCGGUGACGAUGCUCCAGCGUGGUAGUAGCUAUAUCUUGACGGCAAAGAAAGGCCUCCCAAUGCUUCAUUCAGGAACGUACGAAGAAGGCGGACCACCAACUGAAGAUUUGGAUGUUAAUAGCCAGAGCAUGCCAAUCCCUGUUCAGUUUGCACUGAACACCUUUACUGCAAAGGCUAUCAAAACCGUCGACAAGGAUAUCAUAGACGGUCUGAUCAACGCCGGAUUUCAGCUCGAUUAUGCGGAAGAUGGAAGUGGCAUCUACCGUAAAUACAUUACCCGUGGAGGCGGGUAUUAUAUCGAUGUUGGAUGCAGCCAGCUCAUCAUUGAUGGAAAGGUCAAAGUGAAGCCUAAUCCUGGAGGGAUCAAAUCCUUCAUACCGGACGGGUUGCUUCUCGCAGAUGGAUCUGAACUCAAGGCAGAUAUCGUCGUUAUGGCGACAGGCUACCAAACAAUGCGCAGCACAGCGCAAAAGCUUUUUGGAGACAAAGUCGCCUCACGGCUAGGAAAGGUCUGGGACUUGAAUGAAGAAGGCGAAAUAAAUUCGAUUUGGCGAUACAGUGGGCAUCCCAAUUUUUGGUUUAUGGGUGGUAGCCUUGCUCUAUGUCGGACGUACUCGAAGAUGUUGGCAUUGCAGAUCAAAGCAAGCGAACUGGGUAUAUAUGAGGCACCAGAGAAGCAACCCAUGAGCAAUGAUGAACAAAAUGAAGUCUAG